AUGAACCACAAAGGAUGCCGGGAACUGUAGUUGUCAGGCUCCGCGGGACGAGCGGAGGCAAAAGCCUGGGUACCGCCUGUUCAGCUGCCUUCAUUUCCCAUCGUGCUGAGGUGGGUGGCAUGGCGGAGAAGGAUGACACCGGAGUUUGACGAAGAGGUGGUUUUUGAGAAUUCUCCGCUUUAUCAGUACUUACAGGACUUGGGACACACAGACUUUGAAAUAUGUUCUUCUUUGUCUCCAAAAACAGAAAAAUGCACGACAGAGGGACAACAAAAGCCUCCUCCAGGAGUCCUCUCAAAACAGGGCAUCUUGUUAAAAGUGGCUGAAACCAUCAAAAGUUGGAUUUGUUUUUCUCAGUGCAGUAAGAAGGAUGACUUACUUCAUAAAUUGGAUACUGGAUUUAGACUGGACUCACUGCAUACCAUCCUGCAACAGGAAGUUCUUUUACAAGAGGAUGUGGAGCUAAUCGAGCUACUUGAUCCCAGUAUCCUGUCUGCAGGGCAAGCUCACCCGCAGGAACAUGAACACCUUCCAACGCUCUGCUCCCUGGCAACCCCUAAUAUUUGGGAUAUCUCUAUGCUGUUUGCCUUCCUUGGGUUGCUCAUUGUGCUUCCCACCUGGUGGAUUGUGUCCUCCUGGCUGGUGUGGGGAGUGAGACACCUGUAUAGUUGUAUCACAUUUUACUUUUCAAGUUUGCUUGACAGGGUCAGUGCUGCUUGCUCGUUUAAUAAAGCCAGCCAGCCUUGCAGUCCGCAGCUCGCUGGCCUGCGGAAAGCUGUCUACAGGACUGUACAUGCUAACUUCCAAGCAGCAAGGCUGGCCACCCUGCACAUGCUGAAAAACUACCCCCUGAACUCUGAGAGUGACAAUGUCACCAACUACCUCUGCGUGGUGCCUUUCAAGGAGCUUGGCCUGGGACUUAGUGAAGAGCAGAUCUCUGAAGAGGAAGCACAUCGUCUCACUGACGGCUUCGGCCUGCCUGCCCUGAAGGUUCUGUUUCAGCUCUGGGUGGCGCAGAGCUCCGAGUUCUUCCGGCGCCUGAACCUGUUACUCUCCACAGCCCACUUGCCCCAAGAGCCCAAGCUGAACCCGCGGAGCCUGCCGCCCAGCUUUCUAGCUGAGGUGACGCAGGGCCUGCCUAGCGCACACGCUGCCUGCCUGGAGGAGCUGCGGCGCAGCUACGAGUUUCACCGCCACUUCGAGAAGCAGCACCGCCCGGCAUCCCCCCGCACCUCCUGUGCCCCGCAGAAGUCGCGGGAGCUGAGCAGUGUCCACACGGCCGUGCGCAGCUUACAGCUCCACCUGAAGGCACUACUCAAUGAGGUAAUAAUUCUUGAAGAUGAACUUGAAAAGCUUGUUUGUACUAAAGAAACUCAAGAACUAGUGUCAGAGGUUUAUCAAAUCCUAGAACAGAAAUUAAAGUUGAUUGAGCCCCAUGUUCAAGCAAGCAAUAGUUGCUGGGAAGAAGCCAUUUCUCAGGUGGACAAACUGCUACGAAGGAACACAGACAAAAAAGGCAAGCCUCAAGAGGCGUGUGAAAAUCCACACUGCACCGCAGUGCCUCUGCCACAGCCUGCUCUACACAUCGUGGACGAAGACCCGAUCCCAGACUUGCAGGAGUUAGAAGCUUACGUAGACGAUGUAGAUGUGGACAGUGAUUUCCGGAAGGAUGAUCUCUUUUACUUGUCUCAAGAAGACAAGGAAAGACAGAAGCAGGAGCAGGAGGAGUCCAAGCGGGUCCUGCAGGAGCUCAAGUCCGUGCUGGGGUUCAGAGCCUCUGAGGCGGAGAGGCAGAAGUGGAAGCAGCUUCUGUUCAGUGAGCACGCUGUGUUGAAACCCUUGUGUCCUGUAGACGCAGAGAGGCAGAAGUGGAAGCAGCUUCUGUUCAGUGAGCACGCUGUGUUGAAACCCUUGUGUCCUGUAGACGCAGAGGAACCCCUAAGUAAUUCAGAGCCAUCAGUGAAUUCAGAUUUGGGAAAAGUCAGUCAAAAUGAUGCCGAAGCAGAAGCUAGUGCGCCCUCCGUGACUGACAGUGCGAUAAAUAGGACUGAGUACUCCUGCGGGACCCCUCCAGCUGGGGAGAAUGCGGCCAGUCCCGCAGGUGAGGCCCUCCCUGAGGCGAUGACGGGGGCCAGAGUGUCUAUCCAGGGUGACAGCGAGGCCGCGCCCAAGCCCCCUGCAGCAGCACAGUGCGUGCUGCCCCAGCGACUGGCCCGGCUGCAGCUCUCCCCAGAGCUCAGCUUCACUGCCGGCCUCGCCGCGCAGGCGGCUGACCGCUCUCUGUCCUUCACCACCAUGCAAGAGCAGACUUUCGGCGAUGAGGACGAGGAACAGGUGAUGGAAGAAAAGCGAGAGGAUCCAGAAGGACAGCAAGAACCCGGAUAUACGUGAAGCUGUCUUAGCUAGUACUUCCCAAGCGCUCUAGCUCCAGGAAUGGAAAGGGGAAAGCAGUAUGAAUUUACUAUAGACAGAGCUGUGAAUUCACAGAAAGAACCCUGGUUUGAACAACUGGUCUGAAAUUAGUAGUUACCUAUAAAUGGCAAAUCUUGUAGGAGAAUAAGAAAAAGGUAAGGGCUCCUUUGCUUAAACUGGCAUUUAUUUGUGGCACAACUGUUAAUCUUGGUAAUACUUUCAGUACUUUUAAUAAAAAUGAAUUUACUGUUUCUUGCCAGAAUUUGCUAACCUGGGGUGACCAGGAUAAUCCUCUUGCAAGAACAGGGCCGUUCAGUAUGACUUCUUUUUACUGUACCCUUGCAGUUAAGAACUGCAGCUAUUCUCAAGUUGUUUGUAUUUUAUUUUUUGUUUAUACCAACCUUCAAACAAGACACAGGCUCUGAAUAA